AUGUGCAAAGGCCAGAUUCACGACCUGCUUAUUGCGCUGCCAAAGUGUGAACAUCACAUACACAUUGAAGGCGCUCUUACGCCACGUCUGCUCUUCAAAUUCGCUGCAAGAAAUAAUGUAGAUCUUGCUUCAGCUGAUGAUGAGGUGUAUACCAGCGAAGAACAACUGCAAGCACGUUACGGUUCCUUCGCCUCACUGGCCGAGUUCAUUCGAUACUUUACCUUCGGUAGCUCUGUUCUGCUAACGGCCGAGGACUUCAAGGAACUAGCCUACGACUACUUCACCAAAGCUCACGAGCAGAGUGUCAAGCAUGCAGAGGUAUUCUUCGACCCACAGGCGCAUACCAGUCGUGGUAUCGCCUAUGAGAUAGUGAUACAAGGAUUGUCACGCGCGAAACAGCAAGCGGAGCAUGAGUUUGGCAUGAGUAUCGAAUACAUUCCCUGUAUAUUGCGCCACCAUGGCUUGGAUAGCGCAACAAGGAUGUUCCAAGAGGUCAAGGAUGCCGGCCACUUCGCAGAUGGCGUCGUUGCUGGACUUGGUAUGGCCGGCGAUGAGCUCGUGCAUCCGCCCGAGUACUUCAAGUCGAUAUACGACGAUGCAAGAACAGCCGGGGUACGAUGCACAGCACACGUAGGUCAAGCUGGUCCAGCAGAGUUCGUAUCAUCUGCGCUUGAGAACCUCCAAGCUAAGCGAGUGGACCAUGGUUGGAUAUCGAAAACAGACAACCAAUUGAUGCAGAGGCUUGCGGAGACAAACACGCUUGUCACUCUUUGCCCAAUCUCGAACUUCACCCUUGGAUUCGUAAGCAGCAUCGCCGAAGUGCCUAUCCGCGAGUUCCUCGAUCGCGGUGUCCGGUUCUCCAUCAACAGCGACGACCCGGCGUACUUCGGCAACUACAUUCAAGAAAACUACUGUGCUGUUCAGGAUGCAUUCGAUUUGACCGAAUCUGAUUGGAGGACAAUUGCACUGAACGCUGUGGAAGGAUCAUGGUGUUCAGUCAAGCGGAAGAAGGUCCUAGAAGAUCAGGUCACUACAGCAAUCACAAGAUGGAAAGCCACCCAAGCUGCAUAA